AUGGCAAAUGAUAAGACACAGUCUUGCCUAAUUAUCCAAGAGGAGUUCAAACCUGCUGCUCCUGAUGAAGUGGACAGAGCAGUGACUUCAGCCCCCUGUAUUUUAGAUCCCAGCCCCUACUGGUUGAUUAAACUUCAGGUCAGUGGGGUCUCCCUGGCAUUUAGGCCAGGUAGCUCCGCAGUAGCGGAGACCGAAAAUGGGCAGAGGGGAGCCUUGGAGGCCCCCGGAGGUCCGGAGACCCAUCCCCUGGUAGAUUUCUCCCCGGUGAGUUCCCCGGGACUGGAUUUGGGAUGCGAGGUGACGCGGGGACGCGGAGCUGACCGGGUAGUUGUUUUGUCGGCCUUCCCGGUCUUUCCGUCCUCGGCGGCUUCGCUGGCGGUUUCCCUCUGGGUGGACCGCUCAGCCUUAGAGGCCUUAGAGGCAUCUUUGGCGGACGCGGUGGCCCGGGCGGCCUUUUCUGGGCGGCCCCUGUGGCCUCGGAGGCACCUUUGGCGGCCUCUCUCGGCCUCGGAGACAUCUCUCUCGGCCUCGGAGACAUCUUUGGCGACCUCGGCGGUCUUUCCAGCGACCCUUUUGGCGGCCCUCUCGGACCUGGUGGCCUCUUCGGCGGCCUCGGCGGCCUCUUUAAGAACUUUGCCAGCGGCCUUGACGGCCCCUCCAACGGCCCCUUCAGCAACCAUUUCGGCCCUUUCGGCGGCCUCGGCGGCCUUCGGACGGCUUUUUCAGCAGCCUCGGUGGCCUCGGUGGCCCCUCCAGCGGCCCUUUUGGCGGUCUUUGGGCCUCGGUGGCCGUUCCGGCAGCCGCGAUGGCCUUGGCGGCCUGUUUAGCGGCCUCUUCGAGGGCCUUUUCGGCCGUUCCGGUUUCGGCGGCUUUGGUGGCUUCUUCGGCGGCCUUUCGGUGGCUUUGGAGCCUUUCCAGCGGCUUUGGCGACCUCAGCGGCCUUUCCAGCGGCCUCGGCCGGGGGAGGAUUUGGGGCCUGGAUUUGGACUUGGCCCGCCCCGGCCUAGAGGACCCGACCUGGAGGACUUUAGGACUAUCUCUCGAGGUCUGUUUCCUUCUGGCCCUGGUUUAGAAGACCUGAGGACUGCUAAUAUAACAUCUUCCCUUCUGUGCCAUGGACUCCCUUUGCCGGACUUAUGUACCCUAAGACGUCAGUUUUGUGUUAAAUGCCUUAUAUUAUUUUCAUUGUCUUAUACAGGGGAAGUACAGCUCCCAGAUUCUGAUGAUACUUUAGGCCAAAUGGAUGGACAUGUCAGACCCGUUCCAACACACAAAGGUUAUUUUUUGACCUUUUUGGAACCGGUAAACAAUAUCACCAUUGUCCAGGGCCAGACAGCAAUUCUGCAUUGCAAAGUAGCAGGAAAUCCAUCACCCAAUGUUAGGUGGUUAAAAAAUGAUGCACCAGUGGUUCAAGAGCCAAGGAGGAUCAUUAUAAGAAAAACAGACUACGGCUCACGAUUACGAAUUCAAGAUCUUGACACAACCGAUACUGGUUAUUAUCAGUGUGUAGCCACAAAUGGGAUGAAGACAAUAACAGCAACAGGAGUUCUUUUUGUAAGGCUAGGUCCAACACACAGUCCAAACCAUAAUUUUCAGGAAGAUUACCAUGAAGAUGGGUUUUGCCAGCCUUACAGGGGAAUUGCCUGUGCGCGAAUCAUUGGAAACAGGACUAUUUAUGUGGACUCCCUUCAAAUGCAAGGGGAAAUUGAAAACCGAAUUACUGCUGCAUUUACCAUGAUCGGCACAUCCACCCAUUUAUCUGAUCAGUGUUCCCAAUUUGCCAUCCCAUCAUUUUGUCACUUUGUGUUUCCACUGUGUGAUGAGCGUUCCCGGAUACCUAAGCCUAGAGAGCUGUGUCGUGAUGAGUGCGAAGUUCUAGAAAAUGAUCUUUGUCGGCAGGAGUACAACAUUGCUAGAUCCAAUCCCCUCAUUCUGAUGCAGCUCCAGCCACCUAAAUGUGAGGACUUGCCACUGCCUGAUUCUUUGGAGGCUGCCAACUGUAUAAAAAUUGGAAUUCCUGUGGAACGGCUCAACAGAUAUCACCAGUGUUACAAUGGCUCUGGUGCUGAUUAUAGAGGAUCUGUCAGUGUCACAAAGUCGGGCCAUAAUUGUCAGUAUUGGGAUUCCCAGCAUCCUCAUUCCCAUGACUUAACAAGUAGAGAGUUUCCUGAGCUUGGAGGUGGGCAUGCUUAUUGCCGCAAUCCUGGAAGCCAGAUGGAAGGACCUUGGUGUUUUACUCAGAACAAAAACGUACGCAUGGAGCUGUGUGAAGUACCUGCAUGUAGCCCACGUGACAGCAGCAAAAUGGGAAUCCUCUACAUCCUGGUUCCGAGCAUAGCCAUCCCUCUAGUUAUUGCCUGCCUUUUCCUCUUGGUCUGCAUGUGCAGGAACAAGCAGAAAGCAUCUGCCACCACUCCACAGCGUCGUCAGCUGAUGGCCUCUCCCAGCCAAGACAUGGAAAUGCCUCUCAUUAAUCAGCACAAACAGAAUAAACUAAAAGAAAUCAGCCUUUCUACUGUGAGAUUCAUGGAGGAACUAGGUGAAGAGAAGUUUGGAAAAGUUUAUAAAGGUCACCUGUUUGGUAUAGCUCCAGGGGAGCAAACACAAACAGUUGCCAUCAAAACACUCAAGGAUAAAGCAGAUUUAACUCUCCGAGAAGAAUUUAAGCAUGAAGCAAUGAUGAGAUCAAGAUUACAGCAUCCCAAUAUAGUUUGUUUACUGGGAAUAGUGACCAAAGAACAGCCCGCCAGUAUGAUUUUUAGCUACUGUGCUCAUAGUGACCUUCAUGAGUUCCUUGUUAUGAGAUCUCCUCACUCUGAUGUUGGCAGCACUGAUGAUGAUAAGACAGUGAAAUCAACAUUGGAGCCAGCUGAUUUUUUUCACAUUGUAACUCAGAUAGCAUCAGGAAUGGAAUAUCUCUCAAGCCACCAUGUGGUCCACAAAGAUUUGGCCACCAGAAAUGUGCUCGUGUUUGAUAAGCUCAGUGUGAAAAUAUCUGACUUAGGCCUUUUCAGGGAAGUUUAUUCUGCUGAUUAUUAUAAACUAAUGGGAAAUAAUCCUCUUCCUAUUCGAUGGAUGUCCCCUGAAGCAAUCAUGUAUGGUAAAUUUUCAGUUGAUUCAGACAUCUGGUCUUAUGGAGUAGUGCUGUGGGAGAUCUUCAGCUAUGGCUUGCAGCCUUACUGUGGCUAUUCCAACCAAGAUGUCAUUGAGAUGAUUAGAAAUAGGCAGGUUUUGCCAUGUCCAGAUGACUGUCCUGCAUGGAUGUACUCACUGAUGUUAGAAUGUUGGAAUGAAUUUCCCAACAGAAGGCCAAGAUUCAAAGAUAUCCACAACAGAUUGAGAACAUGGGGAAACCUAUCAAAUUACAACAGUUCUGCACAAACCUCUGGUGCAAGCAACACUACACAAACCAGUUCCCUCAGUACAAGUCCUGUUAGUAAUGUCAGCAAUGCCAGGUAUGUUGGGCCAAAGCAGAAAACUCAAGCUUUCUCUCAGCCACAGUUCAUACCAAUGAAAGGACAAAUAAGACCAAUGGUGCCACCUCAACUUUACAUUCCUGUCAAUGGUUACCAACCAAUGCCAGCUUAUGGAGCAUAUUUGCCAAAUUUUUAUCCUGUCCAAAUCCCAAUGCAGAUGGCCCCUCAACAAAUAGCUCCUCAGAUGAUGCCAAAACCAGCCUCUCAUCAUAGUGGGAGUGGUUCCACUAGUACAGGAUAUGUAACAACUGCCCCCUCCAAUGCUUCCAUGGCUGACCGGGCUGCUCUUCUAACUGAAGGAGUAGAAGACGUACAUAAUGUGUCAGAAGACAUUGCUCAGAAUCUGGUCCAGGAAGAGGAGGAAGAAGAGGGCUCUGUGCCCGAAACAGAAUUAUUGGGUGAUAAUGACACUCUUCAGAUGGAUGAGACUGAAUUUCAAUCAGAACCCUAAAAAUGUUGCCUUAUCACAGCAAUGAUAGUGGACCCCUGUUUAGUUUGCUGAAGACUGUGGUUCUUCUGAUUUAUACAAUCAGUGUUUUACUUCAGACUCCUAUCUACAACUGCUAACCCCAAAUCUACAUAAAUGCAGCAGUAUUGAAUACACCAUUUUAAUGGAUUAUUUGUCCAGAAAAAUUUGCAAACGUGAUGUAGAAUAGUUACUAAAAUCUAGGGUUGAUUACAGCUCUUGCAGGGAGGCUGCUUUUAUAAUAUACUGUUGCUGUGCAACAUAUAGUACAAAUGCAUUGCACAUCAUGUAUAUCUUGAACUGUGAUUGUAUUUUUAAUGAAUUCUGGUUAAAUUGGUAACCAAACAAUAUAGGUGACAUGGAAUUGUUCUGCAUGUGAAAAGAUGGCCAAAAUGUGUCUUUUAAAACAUUUUAAACAUUUUAAAAUAUUUAUCUUACUGAUGCAAUAAACUUUCAAUGGAAUUAUUCAUAAAUAGAUAAGGUACAGGUAAAAGCAGAAUGACAGAAACUUUUCUCAGUGACCAAUCCUUUCAUAAAGAAAUCUGAUGAUUAUUUUUAUAAUUAAAUGGAAGUUUGACCUGAUUUAGCAGGAAGUAUAUUUUGCUACCCAAAAAAAUGACAGGUAUAAGCUAUGUUGGGAGUUGAGAGCUUCCCAGGUUUGAUUAUAAGAUGGGCGGCUAUAUGAAUGUUUUAAAUAAACAAAUAAAAAUAAAAUGUUCUAACUUAAGCCAACCCUUUUUGCCUGUUCAAAGUAAAAUUUAGUAAGGAAUAAAUUACCACAUUUUGUUGAUCUCCCUGGUCACCACAGCUUUCACUUAAUUUUCCUUUAAGACGGUGCUAGAGAUCAGAGUGAUCAGUCAAUAAAUGUCAAUUUAUUUUAUUUUAGGUACUAGGCAUAUGCACAUACAUUCUUCAUUUUUAAAAAAUAGUGAUUGUAGAUUCUUAACCAAAAUAAGUGACUUUGUACAGAACAUAUUUUUUUGUGAUUAAUGCCUUAUUAUAAGAUGAAUCAUGUACAGAUUUUUAAAUGUAAUUUAUGUUUUCAUUUAUGUUUCAUUUAUGAUUUUUUGCUAAUUGCAAUAUUUGGGUAUUUUAAAUGCUUAUAUAAUUAUGAUUAAUAGUAUUUUAUUGGGAUUGGAAUUUUGUACAUUUUGGUAUGCUGAUAAAAUUGGUCCAUACAUUUCACAGAAAUUUCUGUAACAUGAGUACUCCCUCAAUCAUAUCAUAUUGUAGCCAAAUAUAAAUUAAUGUAUUAUUAGGCUAUACGUUCAGUACAUGAUCUAACCAAGCAAUUCAUCAGUGGUGAUUAAUAUUAAUGUGUGGGGGAAAAGAGAAAAAAGUAAAAAUGGAAACUCAUGUUUUCUUUUGUUACAUUUUACUUGUUAAACUGUAUUUUUCCUAAGAACAUUUGGAUUCCCUUGAGGUGUAUCAUAGUAAUCUGAAGCUGAUAGUAGCAACAGAAGUUGUUUUAUUGGUUUGUAGUUUCUCUUGAAUUGGCCUAUGCACUGACAGUUAAACAAUGAAAAUCUCUCUUGCUUUUUAAUAUAAGUGUGAGUUGGAGACUAUUAAUAAAU